AUGUCAACCUUACUAAACCCCUCAACGCCCGCAAGGGGACCACUGUCCAAGGAUCCGGGGUAUCUGGCAUUGGAUGAAGAAAGCGACAACGACUCUGACGUUGACCUCGCCAAACUCCUCAACGCGGAUAUCUGUCGUCUCACGAAGACGAAGACGACACCAAGGUCCACUUCAGCAAGACCCCACGCCCCGAGCAGAUUGUCUUUCGUCGAUGACGAUGACGAAGACGAAGAACCAAUCCAUCGCAACAAGAGACGCUUCGUUGCCGACGACUUAGCUACGAUAGACCUCACCUUGGAAGAUGAGGACAAUCUGGACCCGCCUGACGCUCAUGAGACAUUCCGUAAUACCUGUUCUCGCCUCUGUGUACUCGUGUGCGGGUCGCACAGACAGAUUCGAGGGUCGGUCGGUUAUUUCAUACUAAGUGCCCUUAUAUGGUACAUCAAUAUUAUUCUGGACCUUCGAUUACCUCUUACAAGACCUGUUAGUCGCAACACCAUGCUAUGGCUACUCUCUAUUGACACCGACGAUACCGUGGACCUGAUCGUGGAGUCACUGUCAAGGGGCAUGAUCUGUGUCAUUGAACUCAUCAUGCGGGGUCAAACGGUCACCCUGGAAGACAUACAAACGAUCGAGAGUGACCUUGAGGAUCAGUGA